AUGUCUCGAACACGUCAACUGCACAACCCCCAAACAACCACCGAAGCGCGGGAAGAAUCAGUCCCCAUUUCGACAACAUUACGAUUACGAGCCGAAGAAGCACCCGAAGCAACCUCCUCAUCCAGGCGCAUAAGAUGGAGCGAAGAUGUCGUUGAUAAUGAAGGCAUGGGCAAAAAGAGCUCUAAAGGUGAGAUUUCCCACCUACCUAUCAAAUAUCCCAAUCUUACGUUCUCAGUAUGCUGCAUCUACCACAAAGCCCGGCCAGUGGGAGAAAGCAGCUCGGAGGAAUCAUCCAGCUCAUCAGACAGCGAUACCGACAGCGAAGAUGACCGGCGUACAGCCAGGAUGAAAUCCCGUCGUACACGCCCUCAUAAUCAUGACCAUGAUCACGAUAAAGAUUGCUCAAAUGAUCACGACCACCCGAAACCCAAGAAAGCGAAAAGGAAACCAAGUCCGAAUGCAUAUGAGAAAAUGCCGAAGCCUUCGAAAAACCAUGAUCCCAGGCGAGGAAAUUGA